GGCGGCCUCGGCCACUGCGGAGGUGACUCGGGUUCCGGGUUCCGCGCCUUUUGGGAGACUCGGCGACCUCGGGCGGCGGGCCGCGUCGGCCGGGCAUGGCUGCUUGGAGCCCGGCCGCGGCAGCGCCUCUGCUCCGCGGGAGCCGCGGGCUCCCGCUUCUCCACUCUGCCCAGCGGAUGUUUGCCUCGCAGACUGAGGGGGAGCGCAAAGUGACCCAAAUUCUCAAAGAGAAAUUUCCUCGAGCUACAGCUAUCAAAGUCACUGACAUUUCAGGAGGCUGUGGGGCAAUGUAUGAAAUUCAAAUCGAAUCAGAAGAAUUUAAGGAGAAGAGAACUGUCCAGCAGCACCAGAUGGUAAAUCAGGCAUUAAAAGAAGAAAUCAAAGGCAUGCACGGACUGCGGAUAUUUACCUCUGUCCCCAAACACUGACUACGCCCAGCGCUGUAGCUGCUGCUUUUGCACCUGGGAUGAAUUUGACGGACACCAUUCUUUCCUAAGGCAUCAGACCAGGAUGUUAUCUAUUUUGUUCAUAGACAUUUCCAUAUUAUAAUUAUAGAAGACUAUGUUAUCUAUUUAGAUGUUGAAGGCAACAGAUAACUAAAUUUUUUUUUCAUUGCAAAAAUAUUUAUUGAAUCCUGCUCUGUGUGAGGCGACAUUCUCAGUAUGGGGAUAAUGUAAUUAACAGGAGCAGACCAAGAAAGAACUAUGCGAAAUUUCUGAAGAGUCA